AGCGCAUAAAAAUUGAAGUUGUAAACCCCAGUUACAAAUUUUUUAAACUUUGUUCAUUUGGUGGAAAAUUUCACCUCUUCUUGUUUAUAAACUGUAAAAACAAAUAAAAAAUGGUUGUGCUUAGCAAUUUUCUUGCACCACAAGAAGGAAUACGUCAUGAAGAGCCAAAUACUACGGUGUACAUUAAUGAUAGCUUACUUUCUUGGGUGAAUUAUGAUACACAACAAGGAUUUUCACUUGAAUAUCCUCAUAUAUCUUUACAUGCCAUAUCACGAGAUGAACAAGUACAUCCAAGACAAUGUUUAUAUAUUAUGGUUGAUGCAAAAGUAGAUCUUCCAGAUGUGCCAUUACCACCAGCUUCUGAUAGUGGCUCAGAAAAUGAAGAUGAAGAUGCAGAUACACCUAUCACAGAAAUGCGAUUUGCUCCUGACAACACAAAUAAUUUAGAAGCAAUGUUUCAUGCAAUGAAUCAAUGCCAAGCACUCCAUCCAGAUCCACAAGACAGUUUUUCAGAUGGUGAAGAAGAUAUUUAUGAAGAUGCAGAAGAGGAUGAUUUUGAAUAUUACGAGGUGGGUGCUGGUGAUGCUCCCUACAUUUUACCAACAGAACAAGUAGGGAGCAAUCACAAUGGUACAGAAGCAGAUGAUGGUAUGGAUAUAGAAGAGGGACAAUUUGAAGAUGCAGAACAACAUCUAUAAAACAUGGGGAUGAUACAAUGCAGAUAUGCAUUUAGUAUUAAUU